AUUCAGCGAGUCUAAAAUCAAUCCUUCUCGAUCUCAGCUCAUCCAUUACAACCUUCUGCAAGAGACAUUGUCACUGGUCGCAAUUCAGAAGGGAUAAGCAUUUUCGCCUUGUCACCUGCAAUAAUGGCGUCCGAAUCCGAGCACAAAGCUACAAUAAUCGACGGCAAACAAAUUGCUCAGACUGUUAGAUCUGAAAUAGCGGAGGAAGUGAAAAAACUCUCUGAGAAAUACGGAAAGGUUCCGGGGUUGGCGGUUGUGAUUGUGGGGAGUAGAAAGGAUUCGCAGAGUUAUGUGAACAUGAAGAGAAAGGCUUGCGCGGAAGUUGGAAUCAAGUCCUUUGAUUAUGAUCUUCCCGAGCAAGUGUCUGAGGCCGAAUUGAUCAGCAAGAUCCAUGAGUUGAAUGCGAAUCCUGAAGUGCAUGGGAUAUUGGUUCAACUUCCUUUGCCAAAGCACAUAAAUGAGGAAAAAGUUUUAUCUGAAAUCAACAUUGAGAAGGAUGUAGAUGGGUUUCAUCCUCUGAACAUUGGGAAACUUGCAAUGAAAGGCAGAGAUCCCUUAUUCCUACCUUGCACUCCAAAGGGGUGUCUUGAGCUACUGUCACGAAGUGGAAUAAGCAUUAGGGGAAAGAAGGCAGUUGUUAUGGGGCGAAGCAACAUCGUUGGAUUACCAGUUUCAUUGCUGCUCCUUAAAGCAGAUGCAACUGUGACGAUUGUCCAUUCCCGUUCUGUCAAUCCAGAAAGUGUUAUCCGCGAAGCUGACAUUGUUAUUGCUGCUGCAGGACAGGCACAAAUGAUCAAGGGCAGUUGGAUAAAACCAGGGGCUGCAGUGAUUGAUGUUGGUACAAACGCAGUUGAUGAUCCCACCCGAAAGUCGGGCUACCGGCUGGUUGGGGAUGUAGAUUUCCAGGAAGCUUGUAAAGUGGCUGGUUGGGUAACUCCUGUUCCCGGUGGUGUGGGUCCUAUGACUGUUGCCAUGCUGCUUAGGAACACUUUAGAUGGAGCUAAGCGUGUGAUCGAGCAGUGAUACCAUACCCAUAUCAAGUGGCUUCAUUGUUGUGUUUCUAAGGUCUUGCAAAUUUGGAGACAAUUUUGUAGGGAAAAUAAAAACCUUAAUAAUCGUGUGGAUAUCUUGAAGAAUGAAUAAUUUUAGCUUGUUGAAUGUUAAUAUGGAUCCUUGUGGGACUUUCUUAGUAAUUUAUAAAUAAAUGUUCUACCUAUUUUGUGCCA